AAAGUGCUGCACAUGGGCGUAUAUACGAGCAUGGGCGUUAUUUCGGUAUAGGCGUUAUUACGGGCGAAUACGGUAUUUACUUUCACUAACAUUAAUAUCAACUACCUCAUUCAGAACCACAGAAAAUGAUGCUUCUCGACUUGCUUGCGUUUCUUUCUCUCACCUGCGCGUUGUUUGCGACGAACACAACAUCUGCCGCUAGCAACGACUCUGCGUCCAGCUCUGUGAUUCUCGUUCCGGGUCAUUUGAACAAGCAUGAGAACGCUACAGUCAACUCGUCGACUUCGUUCACUUACAUGUUCAGCUAUGACCCUCGACGGUUCAUUAACACGGUCGGUGAGAGUGUCUGUUUGUGUAACAGUGAAAGUGGAAGGCGUGAAGCCACGCCUACUUGUGACGUCAUAAGUGCAAUGUGUGUGUGUGGUGUAGACGAUUCGCGUGAAUGCGAGCAGCGAUGCGUCCGCUAGCUUUCCGAUUAUUAUGGUCGUGCGACGAGAGACGACUGUGGAGUCGUGGACUGUACCGUUGGAAAUGCGAGGACAUUCCUUUAAUACGAUCAGCCGGAUAAUGUGUCCGUUCUCAGUACAACAGCAUCAGCAAGUCUUGGCUACAGCUCAGUUUUAUAUCGAUGUAUCAACGUCAUCUGUUGAGCCAGUAACGAUAUAUUUUGUAGCAUACAAAGUGGAGAAUUUCAAACUAAGACGAUCCGAGCCAUUUUUUAUGCAAGUAACUCCAAGCUCUCCUGUGUUUUUUCAGUAUAAUUUUACAUCAGAUGAUCAAGACGAAGUCAUAGUCAAAGUGACAUCGGAUGACGACCUUUGUGCCGUCGUAUCAGUUCAGGAAGUUUUAUGUCCUGUGCGUGUUUUGCCUUCAAAUUAUAAUUAUCGAGCUCACUAUCAGUCAAUGAUGACGAAAUCUGCAUUGACAAUCAAAAAACAAGGUCUGUAUGAUCAGGGUGCGUUUUUUGUUGUUGUCAUUGUUUUGCCUGUCGAUACGGAAUGUUCGAGUAACAACAUUGAUCCUGCUUCGGCGGCACGUCCUCCUCGCUUAACAAACAGAAAACGACAAGGCGUCACUGACUUUACUGACUACUCUCGACAAAAGAAUAUUUCAAUAGUGAUUGAGAAGGGAUUGACAGGAAGUGGUUACGGUCUAGCAAUGGCCAUAUCCAUCACAGUGUGUGUCGCUUUCUACAUCUUGGGUUUUCUGAUAAUCUGGUUACGUUGGUGGUUUGAGCAGCGGCCGAAUUCCAUUGGUCCAAAGGAGAGCUUUCUCAAGCGGCUGACAGGCAUUCACAGCCAUGGAGAUAAUUAUGAGGAAAGCAAUGAGGGGGUUGCACUGGAGAAUAGUGAUGUGAAGGCGAUAGAAAGCUAUCAUUCUACCACUGGUUAUCCUGUUCGUGAAAGCUAUGAUGAUGACGAAGAACUCAGCAUCUUGACGAUUUCUCAACUGUUUAGGCAUAAGCAAAAGACUGGAGAGAGCAUUGUGGUCUCUGAUCUUUCACGAGAUGAUCGGAAGUUGACAAGUUCAAAGUACAGACAGUAUGCAUGGACACUGUUGACAGUAGCACUCUUCUAUGGUCUACCAGCUGUACAGCUUGUUAUUGCAUACCAACUAACACUUAAUCAUACCGGAAAUGAAAACAUUUGCUAUUACAACUUUCUCUGUGCACAUCCUUACGGCAUAUUGAGCGACUUCAAUCAUGUGUGGAGCAAUGUUGGUUACGCACUACUUGGAAUUCUGUUUUUUCUUAUUGUGUUUCGAAGAAGUCGAAUUUACUACCGUAAAGUUAACAAGUUUGAGCAUGUUGGCAUUCCACAAUACUUUGGCUUGUACUAUGCAAUGGCGUUUGGCCUGUUUGUCGAAGGUUUUAUGAGUGGGACAUACCACAUAUGCCCAAAUAAGGCAAAUUUUCAGUUUGACACAUCUUUUAUGUAUAUUAUUGCUGGCAUGUGCAUGCUACGACUGUAUCAGUCAAGGCAUCCAGACAUUGAGACAAGUGCAUACAGAGCGUUCUUUGCGUUUGGCGUCGUCAUUUUGAUAGCUCUUUUUGGUGUGCUUUAUAAUUCCGUGGCAUUCUGGGGUUUCUUCUUUACUGUUUAUAUGAUUGCCAUCAUUUUUAUCAAUGUUGAGAUCUACUACAUGGGAAAAUGGGUAUUUGUAUUCGAGUUUUUCACCGGAUUUUGUGGGAAACUGAGAGGCAACCCAGUCCAGGCCGUACGUAAAGACUGCUUGACAUGUUCCAGACCUCACUAUCAGAGUCGUUGGUUUCUGUUGCUAUUUGCCACUGCAAUCAAUGUCGGAAUUGCCAUUUAUGGCAUUGCGAGUCUUUAUCCUGACUUUGCAACGUAUUUUCUGAUCAUCAUGAUUGCAAACCUGGGAAUAUAUUUUGCGUAUUACUUUUUCAUGAAGCUUUUCAUUGCUCGGGAAAGACCUUCAAAGUUGACGUUUCUCACAGUUGUAUUGAUGUUGACUUGUUGGGUUCCUGCUCUCUACUUUUUCGGGCAAGGCCUGACAAACUGGGCAACGACCCCAGCAAAGUCAAGAAACGGAAAUAGAAGUUGCAUUCUCUUUGGUUUCUAUGACGACCACGAUGUCUGGCACUUCCUCUCAGCCUUUGCGAUGUUCUUCUCGUUCAUGACAAUCCUGACAGUGGACGAUGACAUCAUGGAUCAAGAUCGAAAUGGGAUACUAGUGUUCUAGUAGGUGAGCUAAAAGUUUAGUUAUUAUGUACAGUGGAGUACAAUGAUGCUGGAAGAUGCGCAGAUAGAAUCUAUUUCGUAGUGAAUUGGUAGGUAGGAUUUGCUGUUCAACAUUUGACUUUAUGCGUUAUACCACGUGAUUGAGGUUCAUUACUGUAUGAAGAAUGA